UUAUUUUACUUUUUCCUCAUUUUUAUUUGUCUCUUUCCGCGCUCUCUCGCUCUCGCCGCCGACUGCGUAACGGUCGCCGGCCGCAUUACUCCGAUCAAUUAGUUCCGUUCGCCGCCGUCUCGAAAUCAGUUCCGCUGCCGAAGUCUACUUUCAGUAUUCCGAUUCGAUUGCAUUCUCAUUCACUUUCCUAAAGGAGGUGUGCACAAUGAUUGGAUCGUUUCUAACAAGAGGACUUGUGAUGGUAUUUGGAUAUGCGUAUCCUGCUUAUGAAUGCUACAAAGCGGUUGAAAAGAAUAAGCCUGAGAUGCACCAGCUUCGAUUCUGGUGCCAAUAUUGGAUUUUGGUGGCUGCUUUGACGGUUUUCGAAAGAGUUGGCGAUGCUGUUGCUUCGUGGGUUCCACUGUAUAGCGAGGCGAAACUGGCAUUUUUCAUAUAUCUUUGGUUCCCCAAGACCAGAGGAACUACAUACGUUUAUGAUUCUUUCUUUAGACCAUAUGUUGCCAAGCAUGAAAAUGAAAUCGACCGCAACUUGGUUGAGCUAAGGACCAAAGCUGGAGAUAUGGCAGUGAUAUAUUGCAGAAAAGCAGUUUGCUAUGGACAAACAAGAUUCGCAGAGAUCCUGCAGUUUGUAGCUCUACAGUCAACACCAAAGCCUCAACCAAAGGAAAAGAAGCAGUCGCCACCAGAAGAAGAGGAACAGAAGCAACCGGAUCUUAAGGCGGCGAACCAAGCAGCUUCUAGUCCUCAAACUCGUCCACAGUCCAAGAAACCGCUGCUUCAAACCAAAGAACCUAUAGUGGUAAAGCCUAUUUCAUCUCCACGUAAGCAGCAGCAGCAACAACAACAACAACAACAAACAACGGAGACCAAGGAAGCAAAAGCAAGCUUGGCACAAACCAAACUCACUCCUCUUCCUCCACCAUCAUCACCCUCAACCGCCACUAAACCAAACGCUGAUUCGGCACAGCCAUCAUCAACUGAAGCAGAGAAAACGUCACAGAUUGUUGCAGCGUUGCCAGCGACUGCGAUUCAACGAGCGUCGUCGUCCAAAGAGACAAUAAUGGAGGAAACACUAAGGGUCACUCGUGGGAGUCUGAGAAAAGCUCGUUCAACGGGAACACGGUAACUAGGUAAUAGAAGAGGAAACACACAAGUUCAAAACUCUGCUCUUUAAUGGUUUUCUUUCUUCUUACGAAGUCAGCUUAAACAGGAAUAAUCGAUUUUUUUUUAUUUGUUUUUAAUGGUGUCAUUUGUCAUUUUAGUCAGAUGUAAAUUGUUCAGACUUGAGACUAAGAUUUGGAUCUGUC